AUGUUGAACGAGAGGCAGAGAGCGGUGAUGGUUCGCAAGGUGAAUGAUGACCUGGACAUCCCCCUCUUGUCGGAAUCGCGAGAGAGGCGGCUGAUUGAGAAGUUCGUUGACAAGAUCAUGCCCAAGGUGGAACCUUCCAUGCAGGCCAUCAUGCCGGACGUAUACGUCAGGUGCAUCAAGAAAGCCUUGGACGAGACUGAAACCAUCAAGAACAGGAGGAAGCACAUCUCGACCCUCCUGCGCGGCGAGCUGUCCGAGCCUCUCACCAGACAACUGAACGAGCGCGUGGACUGCUCCGGGAUCCCCGAGAAGUGGGAGGGCAAGGUGCUCAAGCUCGUGUCAAACAAGGUGAUCGACGAGUUCGUGGAAUGGACCGUUGGUGAAGUGGACGAGCGUCUCCGGGUCGUCCCUGGUUCGGACAGGUCGACGGACGUCGACAGGUCGAUGCCCGAAGAAGAAUCGAAGAUGCCCGAAGAAGAAUCUGAAUCUGUUGAUAGAUCUUUGUAAGAGAACCCCCACAGCAGGGUGCCGCCCGCUUUGGUGGGAUGAUCACGGAAGCGUGAUUUAUCGAGAUCGAGCUUGACGUUGACCCUGCGCACAAGGCUUUGUCGUUUGGCGGUGCGGUUAAAUGUGUGUGACACUUGGAUACCCGAGGUGUGUUGGCAGCGUACGAUCGGACGAUUUUCGUAGACAGGAAAGUCAUUGCAGUUUUGCCCUAAGGCACAAAAUCCGCGUUUAUCUGUAGACCAGUGCUUCACUAAGUAGUUCAUGUAGAAAGGAUGUCCAGACUGUUCUGCAAACCGCUGUUCGAAGACUAAAAAACAUUCUGGUUUUCCCUCAUCACCGGAAGGAUAUGAUCCGUGCCCCUUUUCAAGGGUUGGUUUGUAUCAGCCAGUGUUAUUCCCGCGGCAAUAUUGUCUGCAUCUAUUGGACCAAAGUGUGAAAACCCCGGGCCCCGCUAGAGGAUGCCCAGAUCGCUUAUCCGGGAGGGGUCUCGUUUUUGUUUUCCGGAUGGGUCAGACACUGGUCGGUGUUGUGAAGGUUUCGUCGAUCAAAGUCGGACGACAGCAUCUCAGAGAACGAUUUUCCACGUCCGCCAAUUUUGUACAGCGUUGAUGAGUGGCCGAAGGCUGGUCGGAGGGGGAAGAAUCCAUUUAUUCUCAGUC